AAAUAUUAAAGAUGGCGGCGAAUUCAAAGCGAUCUUUGUACAAUCCAGCGCCUUCGCAAACGCCUCCACCGCAGAUAAGGAAAUCGCUCGCCCAAGGCUUUCUUGUUUCAAAGCCUAUCACUGGUUUUCCAUCAAGUGCACCGAGUUCUGUUAGACCUACUUCGACACAUAUCCCCGACUCAACCUAUACUGAAGAGAGAGAAUCAGAACAAACUUCACCUGUUCUUUUGGUGGAUGCAAGGGGACAGCAUAAGAGCCCUGAUCUUGCUGAAGUGCCAGUUGUGACAGGAAUUGUUAAGUCUCCAGUGAGAGUUGUGUGCCAUUCCCCUCGACAUCUAGGAAGAGACAGAAGUACAUUAGAAAACUCAGUUGUUGUCCAGAGAUCAGACAACUUAACUGAUGUUACUGGCGAUUUAGAAGAAGGAAGAAAAGUGAAAGUAGCUGGUAUACCUAGAGUUAAUCUUCUGGAGUCCAGUGUAAGAAAGAAAGACUUGUCACACUCUAGUCCAGAAAGUAGGGGAUCUGGUGAAGAAACCUUUAUGGACUAUGAUAGAAAAGGUGCUGAAGCUACAUUGAAUCAACAACAGAUUAGUAGACCUAGAGAAGAGUUUAAAAGUUUUUUGGGGGAGGAUGGUUUCUAUGCUCCACCCCCAUCAUCUCAUUUAUCCACGCCUCAGAUAAAGCAACAACUUUUCGAUUUCUCAUCAGUUUCAGAUUCCCAUUCCCAGGCACCAGAUGGUGACCAGUCCAUGUAA